AUGUCGUCCGAUCCGCAGGCGUACGUUGACCUCCAACUCCGUAUUUUGAAGGUGAAGGCGAUCUUCACCGAGGAGCUCGCCAAUGCCUUGAACCUGAUCCAGGUGGAGUGUCCCAUGCUCGCCCGCGUCGGCGAUGGCACGCAGGACAACCUGUCCGGCGUGGAGAAGGCCGUGCAGGUGCACGUGAAAGAGAUUCCGGAGGAAAAAUACGAGGUGGUGCACUCGCUCGCUAAGUGGAAGCGCAAGACCCUCGGCGAACACAAGUUUCCCGUUGGUCUGGGCAUCCUCACCAACAUGCGUGCCCUGCGUGUGGAGGAUACCCUAGAUAAUACCCACUCCGUCUACGUUGACCAGUGGGACUGGGAGCGCGUGAUAGCGCCAGCGGACCGUUGCCUUGAGUACCUGCAGGCUACCGUCCGCUCUCUCUACGAGGUGCUGCGCCAGACGGAGAGGCGCCUGUGCGCCGAGUUCCCGGACAUUACCCCGGUGCUGCCGGAGUCGAUCACAUUUGUGCACACGGAGCAGCUGCUGAAACGCUACCCGGAGCUGGACCCCAAGUCGCGCGAGCGUGAGGCUGUCAAGGAGUUCGGAGCGGUGUUCCUGAUCGGAAUCGGCUGCAAGCUGAGCCACGGUGACUACCACGACGUGCGUGCCCCAGACUACGAUGACUGGUCGUCGCCGGUGUCCGUCGACUCUUCCAAGAUCGGCUUCCCGACUGCCGGCGGCGAGAAGCCUUCCGUGAAUGCCAUCAUGUCCCUACAGGGCCUGAACGGCGACAUCCUGGUGUACAACGCGGCUCUCGAUGAUGUGCUCGAGCUGAGCAGCAUGGGCAUCCGUGUUGACCAGGAGACGCUGCGCCGACAGCUGGAGAUGACUGGCAACAACGAACGCCUCCAGUGCAAGUGGCACCAGUGCCUGCUAAACGGAGACCUGCCCCAAACCAUCGGGGGCGGUAUCGGUCAGAGCCGUAUGGCCAUGUUCAUGCUCCGCAAGAAGCACAUCGGCGAGGUGCAGUGCGGCGUGUGGUCCCACGAGACCACGGUGAAGCAUUUGCUGUUGUAA